UCGCUGACGCUGCACUAUAAGCAGUGCCCUCCUCAGACACAGGACUGAAGAUGGUUUAUUUAUCCCCGUAAUACGGUGAUACAUUAGUCAGUUUGGAAAGGAUGGUUUUUAAGUAGGCUUUUUACAAAUGGAAGAUGCGGUUCCUGUUCCAUGGCAGGCAGCUGAUUUGCUUUUAUGCUAACAGGCAGCUGUAGAGCAAAUUUAAUUCAGACAAGAGGACUGGUAUCAGCAAAUGUUACUGGGGUUGCUUCCUAGUAUGAUAUACGGGCAAUUGCUCUGGUGAUUUGUGAAGGCUAAGGAAAAUGCAGUAGACAUUUAGCAAUGGAUUUUAGCACUUCAUCAGUGUUUGAUCAACCCAAAGGUGAUUCCUCAGAAGAAAUUGACCUGAAUGUGGUGUAUCAAGCUGCAGCUAAUGGAGAUAGCAAUACUUUGACUGCUGUUAUCCGUGAAGAUCCAUCAAUAUUAGAGUGCUGUGACAGUGAAGGUUGCACUCCUUUGAUGCACGCUGUUUCAGGACGCCAACUCGAUACAGUGAAAUUGUUAUUAAAGAUGGGAGCCAAUAUCAACACCCAAGAUGCCUGUGGCCGCACCAGUUUAUCUCUGGCAACCUAUCUGGGAUGGCUUGAAGGCUGUCUCAGUCUGUUGAGAAAUGGUGCCAGACAGAACAUCCCAGAUAAAAAUGGAAGAUUGCCAUUACAUGCUGCCACUGCUGAUCCCAAUGUCAGGCUUUUAUCCGUGCUGUUGCAGCAGUCGGAUCUGAGUGAAAUUAAUCACCAGGACAAUGAGGGAAUGACCUCACUACACUGGGCUGCAUUCCACAAUCGCCCUCACCAUGCCCAGGUUUUGCUACAUAAAGGAGCUGACCCAACAUUGGUGGACAAAGAUUUUAAAACAGCUCUUCACUGGGCAGUUCAGAGUGGGAACCGGAUCCUGUGUUCUAUCAUCCUGAGCCACCGUCAGGGCCCAUCCAUAAUAAACUAUGAUGAUGAGAACGGCAAGACUUGUGUUCAUAUUGCAGCUGCUGCAGGAUACAGCGACAUUAUCAGUGAGCUGGCUAAAGUCCCAGAAUGCAACCUGCAGGCCCUUGAUGUGGAUGACAGGACACCUUUGCACUGGGCUGCAGCUGCAGGAAAAGCUGACUGUGUAAAGGUCUUACUACAGUUGGGUGUAGACAACAACCCAAGGGACAUCAACGAGAACACGCCCUUGACAUAUGCUAUUUACUGUGGGCACACCCUAUGCAUCAAACUGCUCUCCCAAGAGAACAGAGCUGAACUUGUUCCUCAAGUUUUCUCUGCAAACAAUACGUUCCUGAAGAAGGAAGGUAGAUUCAGUGUGCUUAACCAAAUCUUCUCCUGCAAAAAGAAAAGGGGAGAUUGGAAAGCAAACCCAAAAGACAAGAAUAGAGACAGAUCUCAGAGAGAAGAGACUUCAGAAGUGGAUGAGAUUAUCACCACCUUUGACUGUAUUAUGGAUGCCAGCAGCAAAAGCCCUUCAGAGGAGUGUGUCACAGCUAUUGAUUUUAAAAGAAGAAGCACAGACACCAAUAAGUACCUCAUCUCAGAAAACAACACACCAGUCUGCAGUGGCCUUCCACCGAUAAGAACAAAAAGCCUGCCACCCCUUACUGUGGAUCAUCCUUGUUUAACAACUUCUCAUAUGGCAACUCCUAGAAUGGGUUUCGGUACUGAAACCCACCAUUUCACACAUCAGUCUCAAAAAAGCAGAAGUGAGGAUGAUUUGUCAGACCAAAGGAGCAACCGACAAGCUUUGAACAACCCUUGGAAAGUUGACACAAACCAAAUACUCACAUGUAAAAUCUGGACAACAGUGCCUUCAGACAGUAAACUAAUUGAUGGAUUGUUCUCAAACAGACCCAGCCAUGUGCUGCUAUGUCCUCCCCAUCUUCCACACCUGCCUAAUUCUCCAUCAGGGAAAUGUUUGCAACAGGCUACUUUAGAACCACCUAAAGUGAAAGAUCUAACGCCUGUGAAGAACAACUUGGCUCCAAUACCAAACCACUGUGUUGAGAAAGGUCAGCUGUCAUCCAACCAGGUUUCUCAGGGUGUCAAGGAGUUGAAGUCAUUGUCUUUAAACUCCUUAAGGGCUGGCACAUCUGUUCUGCCGCCAGCAGUUUCCACCAAAUCCCCCAAACCAAGACUUUCUCAGAGCCAGCUGCUGUGCUCUUUUCUACCAGUGCUAUCACAAGAGCCUCUCCGAACAAGCAAAGUCCUACCUGCCAUUCCAAGUCAGAAAGGAUCUGGCCUCACGGAAGAAGCAUUGAAGCAAUCUCACUGCAAAUUGCAUGGUGACAAUUAGGCCAUAAGUCCCAAGUGGUUGAAAAACUGGUGUUUAAAAACCUUUCAACAUUUGAUUUUGUGGCCAUUGCUUACAAGAAAGUUGGCAAACAGCAUCCAUCGGCGCAAUCUAGUUCAUACAUUUAUCUAACUUAAUAACUUACUGGAGUAUUGUUAGUACAUGUACUAUGGAUACAGAAGACAAAGAAAAAAAGGAGAAGGAAAAGCAACAUCACUCCACAUUGCAAGUUGAGUGACAAGUGACAGUAUUUUUUGUGAAGUACAGGGGCAUAGUUCUAUAUGCUUAUAAUGUAGCGGAUCUACAUCUAAUACAGGACUGAUUUAGACACAGAGUUAAAUCCAGUUUUAAAAGUUAGUGUUGACUAAUCAGUCCUAUUCAUAUUAAUAGGUCUUCUCUAACUGGGUCCAGAAUUUGAUUUAGCCUAUACUGACUCCUUCUGGAAACAACUGCAGAUGAUUUACCUGUGCUAGCACUCUGUGAACUAAAUCACAUGCCACGUAUUGCAUUUAACUGACUUUUAACUUAUACGUGAGCAGUGUUUACAUGUCAAGCAACAAGAAUGUUUGCAUGCAAUUAAAAACAUUUAAACAUGAUGUCUCCAUAUGGAGUACUUGUCCAGGUAAAUUCCUAUCAAACUGAUGUUUAAACAAGCUCUAAAUUUUACGGGCCUUAAAGUGGCAUUGACUUCAGCAGGAAGUAAGCACACUCAAAUUCCCUCUAAAUUGCAUUGUGAAUAAAGCAAAGAACAGCCUGUUGAAAUGAAUAUAAUUAUGUUUUCAACUCCUAGAUAAAUACCCAAGCUAAUAUUUAUUGAUGCUGAUUAUUAAGAGGUAUGUACUAACUCUGAUAUGAAGUGCUGUUCCUCCUGAUCUCCAUAUGCUAGAAACAGCACAGCCUAAGUUAGGUCAAAGAACAGCAUUGAAUUUGUUCCCUAAUUUAAUUGGAUUGCAAAUGAAUUUGUAAGCAUCCUGCAAACUUGUUUUGCUUCUUUACAGUAAAUUUAAGAAGUCUUCAUUAUGGCUUUUUAAGACUCAGUAGUAGCACUACUGUAAUGAGCUAUUCACGGCUACAUUUCAGUUUGUCCACACAUUCAUAAUAAAGAGCCACUGUACUGUUUGCUACAAUAUUUUUAUCACCAUUAUUUACAAUAGUAAAAACUAAGAACUAUAAAAUACUUAAAAGCAGGCAAAUUCUGCCAGCAGGAUUAAUAAUUCAAACAGUAAAGAAAAGUAAGAAGGAACUUUCCCUAUAGCUGGCAGUUCAGAAGCCCUGUUGU